AUGUUGCAGUGGUCUCUACUCAGCACCCUUGUCUGGAGCCCUGGCUCUGUCCUGCUCAUUCUGGUCCUCCUGCAUAGACUAUGUAUGUGGCCUUGGCAUAAGUCUCAUCUUUGGGACCUCCAGCACUGCUCCACAGACUUGACUGGGAAGACAGCGGUGGUGACUGGAGCCAACAGUGGUAUUGGGAAGGCCGUGUCCCAGGAGCUGGCCCGCCGUGGGGCCCGGGUGAUCCUUGCCUGCCGUAACUGGGAGUGUGGACAGCAAGCCCUGGCUGAGAUCCAAGUAGCCUCGAAGAACAACUGCCUCCUGCUUGGCCAGGUGGACUUGAGCUCUAUGGCCUCCAUCCGUAGCUUUUCCCGGUGGCUUCUGCAGGAGUGUCCUGAGAUACAUCUGCUGGUUAACAAUGCUGGAGCCUGCGGAUUUCCCAAGACACUUACCCAAGAGGGCCUUGAUCUCACCUUUGCCACCAACUAUGUUGGGCCCUUUCUGCUUACAAAUCUACUCCGAGGGGCCCUACAGCGGGCAGGAUCAGCCCGGGUGGUGAAUGUGUCUUCCUUUCGGCAUGCAUAUGGGUAUGUUGAUGAGGAACAUCUGACAGGGGCUGGUAAACCCUUGAUCUUUAACCAGAAUUAUGACUGCAGCAAACUGCUCUUGACCUCCUUCACUGGGGAGCUUGCCCGGAGACUUCAAGGGACAGGUGUGACUGUGAACUCUGUGGACCCGGGUAUAGUGUACACAAGUAUCAUGAAGCAUUUUUCUUGGUCAUACCGCUUCCUCUUUUGGCUCUUCAGCUUCUUCUGUAAGGAUGUCAGACAAGGUGCAGUCCCAGUCCUCUACCUGAGCUUGGCAAAGGAGCUGGAUGGCAUUUCUGGAAAAUAUUUUAGCAGUUCCUGUAGGAUAAUUCUUCCCGCGAAAGCUGCUCAGGAUCCUCAAGCGGCCCAAAGGCUCUGGAAUGCCACGGUCCAGCUAACAAACCUGGACAAGAUGGACUGA